AUGCUCGACCGAGCUACCGAGUGGUGGGGUGUGAUUGUUCCAUCUUUCACGCACACUCAGUGGGUGGAGAACUUCAGGAUGUCUGAGGAAACCUACCUCUACCUGUGCAACAAUCUGCGGCCAGCGAUGGAGAGACAGGACACAGCAUUCCGCGAGUGUAUACCUCUAAAGAAGAGGGUGGCCAUCGCACUGUGGAAGCUUGGGACCGGCUCAGAGUACAGAAGCAUUGGACAUCUUUUCGGAGUGAGCAACACAACUGUGUGCCGGUGUGUGCAAGACUUCUGUGCUGCUGCAGAGACGUUGUUAGUACCGGAACUAAUUUGUUCACCAGACCAGGAGAAGUUUGCAGAAAUGGCCGACUACACUGAGAACAGGUGGGGGCUCCCACAGUGUGUAGGUGCUAUUGAUGGAUCACACAUACCCAUCUUGGCACCACAGGAAUACCACUGCGACUAUUUCAACCGUAAAGGCUGGCACUCCAUCAUCCUUCAAGAAGUUGUAGAUGGAAAGGGACAUUUCUGGAAUGUGUUUGCAGGAAUGCCUGGGAGCUUGCAUGACGCUCGGGUUUUGAGGCUGUCCUCAUUGUGGGAGUUGGCCAGUCGUGGCAACUACUUUCCACCUUGCACCAGGAACAUUGGUGGGGUGAAUGCUGGCCAUUACAUCCUGGGAGACAAUGCCUAUUCCUUGCAAGACUGGCUCAUAAAAACAUUCCCUGACAAUGGAUGGCUGACCGCAGAACAUGUGAUCUACAACAAGAAAAUUUGCAGAGCACGGGUAGUGGUCGAAAACGCUUUUGGUAGACUGAAGGGAAGGUGGCGUUGCCUCAUGAAAAGAAAUGACUGA